ACAGGUUAAAUUAAUUCAGGCACCGCUUGCGAGUGUAACGAACAAUUCACUCGUUAGCCACAUAGGCUACACGCAUUCGCAUCACCGACAGUGUAAUAGUCUACACAAUGCAGGCACAUACACGACAUCUACAGGUAUCAAUGCCUAUCAGCUAGACUAAUAAUAGUAGAGGUUACGUUUUUGCAACAGUAUUCACGAGCGGCCUACCGACAUCCAGUUAGUUCUUAGGAACGGCCGGAGUGAUCGAGUUCAGUUUUUUCUUCGCUCUUCAAAUGCUUCUCGUGUCCGCUGUCGUCCUGACAACGGUCGCCCUCCAGGCGGCCGCCGGACCAGUCGAAAUUAGAGCGGCCGUAAUUUUGCCGAGCGACUACAGGUUUAGUACUUCGUUGCCUAAGGUUAUGUCCGCGGUGGACAUUGCCGUACAACACGUUUACCGUGCCGGUAUCCUCCGUCAGCGGGACGUCGUGUUCAAGUUCGUGCAGAACGACGACAAGUGCGAAGAUAUCGAAGCGUUACGGAUUAGCUUCCAAAUGAUGUUCCAUAACGGGGGCGUGGACCUGUUUCUCGGGCCCACUUGCGAUUACGGUGUUGAUCUUGUUGCGAGAAUGAUCAAGUCUUGGAAUGUGCCGUUGUUGACUGCAGGUGGGUUGACAAGUGACUUUUCACAAGAUAAACAGAAUCCUAAGAGCAAAUACUAUUUACUGGUUCGGACCGGAACACUAGCAUUUCAGCACAUCGCCAAUAUGGUGGCCAAUGUGUUAGACAGGUACUCGUGGAAAAAAGUUUUGAUCAUUUACGAAAUUGACGGUUACUUAAAAGAGUUGGGUAAACAGUCUUGUGGUCUAAUGGUCAGGACUUUGGUGGAAAAGUUCAAGGUCGAUUCCAUUGUGCAGUACGAUACGUUUGAACUUUCUAAAAACCCGCAGAACAGUCUAGUGCAGAAUUUGCGUAUCGAAGUCAGCUCCAAAUUUACAGGUAAGCAUGUUAUUUUUGUAGAUUACUGGGUCGGGUAGUAUGUUGUUAUAUUAGUUUCUCAGAUGUUUACUUGGAACGUUCAGUCUAAACUUAACGAGUAAAUUUAAUUUCAUUAGUAUUUAUACUGUUUGAUUGAUAUAAACGCCCAUUUAGAAAUCGUUUAUUGCUCUAAAUAACAAAUGCAAAAUACAUUAAUGUGGCAACAGGUUAAAUUUCGUUAAUGUUACGAGAUCUCCUCAGUUUUAUUAUGUUUGUAUUCAUGUCAACGGCAAUAACAGCUACGCCUGACUUCACUGCUUUUACAUAAUCAAAAUAAAUUGAGAAUUAGCUCAGUGUGAGUGCAUUCAUUAAAAUUCGAUAUUUAAGCGGAUAAUAUUAACUACGAUUAAAAGUGGUUAAUUAUUAAGAAGAACGCAUGCAACACAAAAUAUGAUUUUAUAUGACGCUUCGCUUAAAUGUGUUAAUGCGUCAUGACAUUUCAUGAACUAUUGAAAGGUCAACUUAAUCUACUAUGAUUAUAAUUAAAGUAAUCUCCACGUCUCAAAACAUUUUUUUACAAACAAUGUUAUUUUUGUAUGUGUAUAUACAGAGUAAUAACAUUUUUAGUGUAGGAAUGGUUUAACUUAAUUAAAGUGUUGCAAAACUCAUGGAUAGCCGAUAAGAAUAAAAAAAAAUCGUUAAUUGGCGGUCUAUCUAUGAGCCUAUAUCACGUAUAUGUAAAGAAAAUAGAAAUUAGUUCAAUGAUCUCGACGAGUGAAUGUAAAGCUAGUGUAAUAAAUGAUCUUGUGGCAUUUCUUCUCCAAACUGUUUUGAUUGUAUUAGUUCUUAAACGCGAAGUUUCAGUUCAAAAAGUUUAACAGUCUCGUCGGCACACAUAUUAUUUAACGAAAUUCAAUUACAAAAGAUCGGAUCAGAGGUGGUGUAAAUUAAAACUGUUAAACAGUGUUAUUGAGGUUGAUAUCAGAGUAGUAAUUUACUAUUACUACACAGUAAGUUACGUGUACGGUGUCAAGUUAUUCUCUCCUACAAAUUACAAUGAACUAACAUCGUUAUAUUGUUGUCUCGUCGACACGCACGUCCCCUGUGGCAUGUGAACACAAAUCGGUGUGUAAUCAAUUUCCUUGGAUUCGAUUUCUACAAAAAAUACACAGGUGACGUCAGGUAUUUUAACACAAUAGUCGAGGAGUAAAAUGUUUUUGUAGAGAAAAAAAUCUAAUCCUUUACACUUAAGUCGCCCUUGAAAAUCUGAUCAACUGGGAAUCAGAUUAGUGUGUAUACUACUUGAAUUUUCGUUAUACCACGUUAGCAGAAUAAUAUAAGUAAUAGUAUUCUUAACGUGUUCGAACGUACAAGCCUAGACCGUAUGAACUUUUUAGAAUCUAUCAUAAAUGUUGCUCAUACGCGCAAUUUUCAAAAAAAUGUUUGGGAAGCUAAGUUGAUUUUCCCCCCUUAAAAAUAAUUCUAUACAAAUUAACAUGUACAACUGUCUUCGACAGAACAGGCAAAGGCAAAGCCUCCCCAGAAUCCUCAGAUCGGGCUGUGGGUAAAAAAAUAAUUUAAUAAAUUCUACUUGAAAUCGACAUUAUUAUUAUCCUGGAUCGCUUUUCUCGUAAAUCGAUCGAAGAAAAAUCAUUUUCGAGUAUAAUUAUGUCCGGCAAAUCGUACAGCAGUGU